AUGCAGCCGGCGUACACGCGCAGCGGCGCUGGCGGUCACAGUCACAAACGCGACGGCGGAAUCAACGACUACGACGUCCCUCGCCUAGGCGAGAUCCCGGUACGCUCCAAGUACUAUCGACCAGACCAGGAGAAGUCCCACUUUGCGAAUCACCCCACCUACCUGCCACUGGCCGAGCAAUGUGGGCCACCGCAACCGUCCUCCUCCACGUCCCUCACGCCGCACCAGGAACGUCACCAAAAGUAUGGGCAGAGUAACGACGACGAGGUUGGCGGCCAUGCCUACGACGACAUGGGUGAGAAGAUGAGAGUCAAAAAUGACGACUACGAGCAAGCGCAGCAAAUGCACCACAACAGCCAUCCCGACUGCCUGCGCGAGAGUUCUGUGAGCGGGUCUCAGGGUUCUGGGCACUGCAUUCAAACUGCCAGCAUUGGCAGCAACGCGAGCGGUGCGUCGUCUAUUGGGCCGACUGGGCUGCCACUGAUGCCGCAGUUCCGUUGGAUCCCGAAGCAAGGCGGCGGCGGCCUCGGCUUCAACCCUUUCGUGCACUUCCGCUCUCGAACCCGGCACGAGGGCAUGGCAUCAAGCCCCUCGGCGCCUGGGACGGACGCCCGAAUGCCGUGGAAUGAGGCGCAGCAGAAAGGCGACUACGGGACGCCGGAGCUGCCAUGCGGCGCAACUUCCCCUGAGCACCAGCAGAGACACAACGAGGAUCAGUCGCAGACCCCAGGUUGUCAAAAUAGCUACUCUAUAUUCUACGGCUGCACGCCACAGCCGCCAGCGCAGCAGUCGACUCCACCGACUCGCUGUCAUCGAGAAACGGGAGCGCUCUCCUUCUACGGUCCCAUCGGCUCCAUCGGUAUCGAGACCUCCCGCAAGCGGCGCGCCGUUGAGCGACAGAGCGGGACAGAUGGCGAAGCGGAGCGUGCCUACAAGGAGCGCUCCUCUCGCCGUCCUGUUGAGGGGGAGGAGACAGGCGUCCAGCUUCUCACACAGCUCUGGUGCGAUGUGAGCCUGCUGCAUGGCGCUCUCGUCGUGGACUCCCCACGCCUGCCGCCCGACGACGGUGAGGGCGACGACUCUGCAAGCACCAGCAGCCCUAGCAUUGGCGACCGCGAGGUCGAUGAGGCGGCCAUGGCGGCACGAAAGAAGGUUUGCCAGCGUCGUCAGCAGUACUCAUCCCGGUCACCGUCCUUUUACUUCAAGGACGAUGAUCUUGCGGCGCUCGGGGCAGAGGACAACGGCAGCGGCUCACCAUCGGGGGCUGCCGCUCGUGUCGCAGCGGCGCAGAAGCCAGUGACUGUCCGCGCUCACCAUCAGCAGCACAUCGGUCCACCCGUUGUGAAGACCACAUCGCCAGCCGCACCGGCCGGGGAUCAAAGGGAGGUUGGGAGCGUGGACAAGGUUGCUGCGCGUGGGGUAGCGGGGCAUGAGGUAGCGUCCUCGUCCUCGUCCUUCUCCUCUGGAAGCUCUGACAACGACAGCAGCGAUGAUGACUCGAACAGCGAUGAGGGCAGCGCAGGCGAGCGCUCUGCCUGUUUCGGCUCGGACGGCGAUGGCGACGAGAGCGUUGACUCAGACGACGCAGACAACCCACGCAGUGACGACAAGGACGCCGCCGCCGGCUCGACCCAUCCGCGCAGGUGGAAGCAGCGUUUCUCGGCGAACGCCAGCGCCGGCACGGGUCGCAGCGCUCUCAGGGAUGGCCAGUACGACUUUAUGAAUAGUUCCCUCAUGGACGAGUCGUUCAUGUCGCGCAUGCCGGGCUGCGGUCCUGGGAUGAGUCUGCUCUACGCACAUGACGACUACGACGGCGGUGGGGAGGCGGCAGCAGGAGCAGCAGACCUCGUGCCAAACCGCGCGCCGCAUCACGUGGGUGCCGAAUCAGCAGGAAUCGCCGGGACGAACAUAGCGGCUCACACGCCAACCUUACCUUCCAUUCCGCCUCAGCCACAAGAACAUCGCGGUAGCUCUUCGAUCCCAGUGGCGCGGGGGUCGGCAGUGCGACCAUCCGGCAGUGGAACUGCCGCCACCCUCGCCCUGCGCGGCCAACGUCGGGUGAGCAACGCCACUGAUACACGGACGCCGAGCGGUGCAGCUGCACGGCACACGCCGCAUCAGGGCGGCGACGCUGGCGGCCCUAGCAACCACAACGCUGGCGGCGGCAUCGGUGGCUGUGGUCUGGGGGAGCAGUUCGUCUACGGAAGCAGCUUUGGCAUGGGCAGUCGGCGAAAUUCCUACUCGGCAACGGCGUGCGACGAAACUCACAAUGCCGCCUUCACGUCGCUGGGUGUGUAUUGGGUAACCAAAGGCAACGGCAAUACGGUGUCCCCAGGCACCUCUGUGGUGGGCGGGGACGACGAGCCCUCGGCCGUCAUGGGGGUCUACAGCGACAGCCGGGAGGAUACCGUGUCCCUUGGCCUCCUUGGCGUCACGAGUCGAGGUCCCACAGCAUUCCCGGCGGUGGACGAUGGUUGCACUGCGAAAGCAUGCAACAGUACGAGUCAGCCAUCAAAGCUGCCGCUCACUCAUCGGGGAAUUGCUAACCCUGCCACGCGCAGUCGACCUCCCAACACUGCGCAGGGGAUACAUAAACCCGUGGUACCGACAUCCUCGCAGCAACCAGCCUGCAAAGUAAAGGCGGUGUACCCAGGUGGCUAUCUGGCCCCCAUCACCCCACCCGCCACCCCAAAGGCGAACGAGGCCCCGUUGCCGCGCUGCGCGCAGAGAAACAACGGCGGCGCUUCCACCCUGGGACCCCGUGGUUUGGCCAAUGCAAGCACGACACCGGGCCUGGGCGACACAGUAGGAGGCAAGUCUUUUACCUCACUUGCGUACGAGCUACCAGGCAUAUGA